AUGGAUAACAAGACAGUAGUUACACCAAUUUGCGCAUUACCAAUAGGCAAGUUACCAAGAUCAUGUGUAGUGGUAGGAGAUCCAAAUCGUGCAAAAUUGGUAGCAGAGAAAUUGAUGGAAAAUUCACGUCUCAUCAGUGCCGUCAGAGAAUAUCAUGCCUAUUUGGGAACAUGGAAGGGUAUUGAAUUGAUUGUCAUGUCACAUGGUAUUGGAGGUGGAGGUGCUAGUGUAUGCUUUGAAGAGUUGAUUCAAGCUGGUGUCACCACCAUCAUCAGAGCCGGUACUGCCGGUUCAUUCGAUGCCAAGUUCCGCGAGGGAUCGUUGGUCAUUGCCACUGGUGCCGUUCGUUCAGACGGUGUUUCAGAGGGUUUGGUCCCACUUGGCUAUCCAGCCCUUGCUGACCACGAAGUUGUCGGCGCCUUGAUCCAAGCCGCCAAGACACACGAUGAAAUCAACUAUGGCGUUGGCAUUAUCACCACUGUCGGUCACUUUUUCGAUGGUCCAUUGGGUAAUCAUAACAAAUUGUGGGCACGUAGUCGUGUACUCGCCAUUGAAAUGGAAGCCUCCAUCCUCUACAUCAUUGCCUCGUUGCGAGGAAUCAGAGCCGGUUGCUGUGUAAAUAUCGAUAACUAUAUAUUCGAGCGUGAGCUCACCGAAAAGUACGAACCAAACAGAGAAAUUGUUCACCAAGGUACCUUACGUAUGCUUGAAGUUGCCUUGGAUGCCGCUUCACAAUUAGUUGGUACCUCACCAGAAGCUAAAAAUAAUAAUACCCAAUAA